UGGAUCACUGGAGAGGAAACCAGCUGCGAUCACCGACCCGCUCAGUGAUCGUCCGAAGUUCUUAGCGCGCAGAUCGCAGGCAGUUCGCGUAGUGGUGAUCGCGGCCGGUUAUUUUUUUGUGAUUUUAGUGGGUGUUGUUGUUUCUGCCGUCCCAAGAAGCGACCUCAUUUUUUUUUUUGCUUGCGGAGGUGUUCCGGACCGGAGGAACCACCACCGUCCCGACGAUCAGCAGGGUGUUACGGGCAAUGUGCCCGUGAAGAUCGGUGUGACGUAACCUGAUCGUGUAUCAGUACAUGGAAGAAAUUUGGCAAAUCGUUCGCGAAAAACUGUCCAUCUAACCGUGAAGAGAGCUUCAAGGGUAGCGACAUCUCUCUAUGUUUACGUCGCUACGACUACAACCGCAAGAUCUGCGCAGCUCAUCGUAUCAGCAGACGAAGAUUCUGCCAAAGAAAAGAAAGAAGACGGCUACGACAACGACGAUGAUGACCUUUGGGAAACCCGCUCGUUUCCAGCUGUUGACGCUGAGCGCCGUCGUCAUCAACGCGUUGCUGAUGAUCGCUUCCGCACGGGGCCAGCUGUACGAGGGCGAUCCGUGCGGCCUCAGCGAUGGAGCGUCCGGAAUCUGCACCAAAGCCACCGACUGCCGUUGGUUUGUUCCGCGGAAAACCGAACGCAAGCACUGCAGCUGGUCCGAGGAUCGUCUGACGGAGGUCAUCUGCUGUAAAACGCCGGAACCGAUCGGCGUCCGGUCGUCGUUGGCCUGCGAGCGUCAGCCGGAGCACAUUUACACCGUGUUUCACAUCAUCGACGGCGAGGAAGCCGAUCCGGGGGAGUUUCCGUUUAUGGCCACGCUCGGUUUUCACAGCGACGCGGAUGAUGGCGCCGGGUACGAUUACCGAUGUGGGGCCAGUUUGAUCACGAGAAGCUUUCUGCUGACGGCGGCGCAUUGUUUCAAGCAGGGAAAGCCACUGGUGGCGCUGCUCGGAACGGUUAAGCUGGAGCCCGGCGAAGGAGUGCUGGUGAUGAUCAAGAAAGUCCAUCGCCACCCGAACUACAAUUCAAAGACAAAGCUCAACGACAUCGCUCUCAUCGAACUGGACCGAGAGGUGGACAUCACCGAUGAGGUCAAUACAAUUUGUCUAUACGCUGACACAAAGGAUGUCCCGGAGGGCACACAGCUUAAAACCGAGGGCUUCGGGAUUAUGGACACCGACCGUCUGCUCCGUUCCAAGGUCCUGCUGAAGGUGAACCUGACGACUGUGGCAUUGGACAAAUGCACCGCAGAAUUGAACAUUCCCGGUCGGAAACUCGUGGAAACGCAGUACUGCGCCAUCGGCAAGCAAAACCUCAUGACCAAGUUCUUUGGGGACGCUUGCGAGGGCGAUUCCGGCGGUCCGCUGCAGAUCCUCCAGGACGGGAAGCACAAACUGGUCGGCGUGACCUCGUUUGGGGCCGGAUGUGGCGCGGGAAAGCCGGGCGUUUACACGCGGGUGGCCAGCUAUAUCGGGUGGAUCGAGUCGAUCGUGUGGCCCUUUGGCGAUCCCUGCUCGCAGAAGGAUGGCACGCCCGGUUCCUGCGAAGUGUCCACCAAAUGUCCCUGGUUCAUCGAAAACAUCAUCAAAAAGAAGCGCUACGGCGAUCGAGUCACGUGCGGCUUCGAUGGUCAGGUGGAGGUCAUCUGUUGCAACAAUUCGAUCCCAAUUGGGACGCGAUCGUCAAUAGCGUGCGAUCGAGCUCCGCCCAUCGAGAAUCGGCUGACUUUCCAUAUAAUUGACGGGGAAGAGGCGGAGGACGGCGAGUUUCCGUUUAUGGCCGCGCUUGGGUACGAGAGUGAGGAGAUUCCGAACGGGUACGAUUACCGGUGCGGGGCCAGCAUGAUCUCGGACAGUUUUCUGCUUACGGCGGCCCAUUGCAUUCCCACGAAGAGCCGACCCGUGGUGGCGCUGCUCGGAACGAACGAUCUGGCCGCGGUCAACCCGGGGGUAGUCGUGAACAUAAAGGAAUUCUACCCCCAUCCAAAGUACCGAACCAGCCAGAGUUACAACGACAUCGCGCUGAUCGAACUGGAACGAUCCGUGAUCAACGAGCCAAACGUGAGUCCAAUCUGUCUGUUUAGCAGUACGAAGGAUCUGGAGGAGUCCGUGACGCUGACGGCGGAAGGUUACGGCAUCGUUGACGUCGAUCGUCAAAUGCGAUCGCAGCACCUGAUGAAGGUCAACCUGACGACGGUGGCGCUGGACAAGUGCAACCAAUCGUUCGCGGACAACAACCUGCUCAAAAACAAUCGGAAGCUCCCGCAAGGGCUGAUCGACACGCAGUACUGUGCCACCGGGCGGGAAAACACCGUCACCAAGCAGAUCGGAGACACGUGCCAGGGUGAUUCCGGCGGUCCGCUGCAGAUCGUGCAGGACGAAAAGUACAAGCUGAUCGGAGUGACCUCGUUUGGGAACGGGUGCGGUUCGAACACGCCCAGCGUUUACACCCGCGUCGCGGCCUACAUCGAGUGGAUCGAGUCGGUGGUGUGGGGCAAGUGAGGGUUAUCUGACAUAAGGGUUUAUCGAGUGACUGCAUACAAUACAGGAGAUUAAUGGACAGAUUCAGAAAUAAAGUUGGAUUUCGAUGAUA